AUGGUUUUAUAUCUAAACAUCGUAGUUAAGAACAGCAGCAGUAUUGUGGAGGAGAAUAUCGAGAAACGGACUGGACGGGGAAUACUGAGUCAAGUGAUGUAUCAUAUAGCAGCGUUGAUCAUCCACGAUACUGCGGUCACUGAUAGAGUUGCUACGGCGUGCUUGCAAGGGCUGGAGGCUACUCUUAGAGGAGAGCACAGUCUGCAGGUUGAGGUCACUAAGAGGGGUGUGUGGGGUAACUACUUCGUAUUGGAAGUGCGGUUGGUCGGAGUCCCGCAUGAUGCAGUGAGCAAAAGCAAAGGCCUGCUUGUGGGAAGUGUGAUAAACUUGUUUCGAGUAACGGCAUGUUCGGAUACUUCCUUCACCAACGCAAUAGUCUUCCGCAAUGCUGAGAGGCUUCUGCAACAGAGGCUGCCAAUUGAGAUAGCCCACAAGCUUGCUGAGAAUGGCGUGGAAGCUGAUGUCGUCAUCAAGAAUGACAAGAAUGAACAAGAACUCUACGAAACAGUUAUGAUGGGGCACCAAACUGCGCGAGAUGAAGACGCUGAUGAUGAUGACGAUUGGAGCUUCGAGAGGGAAUAUGUCAUAGUCGAGCAAGCAGACGCGGUUAUCGAUAAGGGAGCUGCCCUGCCGGCCCUGACGCGAUGA